AUGGCUGUGUCGAGAAGCAUGCCGUGCCGUGAAGAAGGCGUUCCAAUUUUCCAGGAUCACAUUCUGGUUGUCUACGCUUCCCUCGCCCACUUUCUGCAACAACCCUACCACCAGAUCGCUGCCGACGAUAUGGAAAACCUUCGGGCCACGCCGUCUCUGCGCCAACCUUACCACUUCCCUCCUUCCCGGUUGGCUCGCUUCAUUCGCCGGGGACGGGGACCGGACCGUUCUGGCCCUGGCACAUUCACGGGGAAUGCUUCCGAUUCAGAUGGCGCAUUCCUGGCGGCGACCUGCCUAUACAGGGUCUCGAUCACGAAGCCAACGCUUCCAUACACCCAUUCACUAACUCAGCCUCCGUUGCCCCCGAACCGCGAUCCCAGGCGAAAAGCGGGAUUCGACAAACCUGCGGCGGACCCUUUCUACCAAAGGUAUGGAAAGGGGCCGCCGGCCUUGGAUGACCUUCCCGACGCGAUCCGCGCCAUCUGGGCACCGCUUGUCCUGCCAAUUACGGCCCCGGUCUUCACGACUAUUGACGAGGAAACGAAGCAUUUGCCACUGCCGGGCGAGCUCCUUCAUGCCAAGCCGCUCGGGAAGCGGAUUUGCAUCCUUGAUCUCGACAACCUGCGACUUCAACGAGGAUGGGAACAUCUUCUCCAACCGGUUACCCUCGUGGGAGAACCUAGCAAGCUCGGCCGCCGUUCAUCCGCGCGCCCAAGCAAUGCCGACCGCGCUCCGCACUGGGCCAAGGUUGUCUUCACACACGAGAUGCUUAAGCAGUACGACAUUGUCGUCACGGUCGACUCGGAUACGAUGUUUGCGAACCCCCCUGUUGCCAUGGCGGACGACCCGGUGGGAUACCCCAACCACGACGUCCGCCGCAGGGUCAACGUCCAUUCCGGAUUUAUCAUGGCGCAGGCCGGCGAGCUGACGCAGCGUCUUUUCAAGGACCGGGCCGAGUGCCCCUCGGAGACGCGCUACCCAGGCUGCGCCGUCUGGAAAGACCGCCCGUUUCACGAGCAGUCGGCAUUCACCUCGCACGUCCGCUACGACUUGCUCGACGGCUACAGCAUCGAUUCUCAUCCGCAACUCGUCCGCACCAUACCGCGCAACGAAGCCAACGGGUUAUCGGGAGGUGUCCGAAACCUGACGCUCCCCGAGUUCGACCACAACGUCAUGGCUGCCACAUCGCUGCUCGCGCAGGCCGCCUUCAAGCAGCCGGGCACGGUCGAGGACUACGAGCAUGGUGUUGGAUGGAGCGCAGAUCCUCAAUGGACCGCAUCUGCGGGCGGCUUGAUAUCCCCCGUUCCCACUGCACCCCCCGUCAUAUUGGAAACAAAACAAGUCAAACCUAAAAAGAAAAUCAGAUGCCUUGUGGCUUUUUUGGGCUACCUCCACGAGCCUAGAUAAACAAAAAAUAGCUGCUACAGCUCGGAGGCUGCAAUGGCCACAGCUCAGAAGGCUGCAAUAGUACGACACCACAGCGGUAUUCGCGCCGUGGCGGCACUCCUGGACCAGUGGUAAGGGCCUUCAGAAGUGGUGAUAAAAUGCGUUGAUUGUUCCAAGUGCCUCCGGCACUUGGAGGUGCUGUCUAAAUACAUGUCGAACCCUGGUCUAUCCUCCUUGUUGGCGGGUCAGUCAGAUCUGACCCACUGGCAGUCAAAUCCUGUAACAAUAGCCAUGCCAGAUACAUAAUUAUUUGUGGGAUAUAUACCU